AAAAAGAAAAAGAGAGAGAAAAAGAGAAAAAGAAAGACUUAGAGAAAGGAAAAGCAGAGGAUAAAAAACAAGAAAAGCGAAAAGGGAACAGAGAGAAAGAGAAAAAGAAAAGCAGAAAGACAAAAAUAAACAAAACAAAUCGAAAACAAGCAGAAGAAGAAGCAGAAGAAGCAGAAGACAGCAGCAGAAGAACAAGACUCACCACAAUGAUACUGAUGAACAGACGCAUCUUGCACUAUACUCGUUUCCUGCCCGUGACCGUCAUCCGUCUCAUGGUGAUUCUGCUAACCCAGCUGGUCGGUGAUGAGGACUACUCACACAUGGACGCCUCAGACAAGCUCCUCAGGCAGUACGACUUCAUAGUGGUGGGCGGCGGGUCGGCGGGUGGGGUGGUGGCGGCGCGGCUGGCGGAGGUACCAUCGUGGCGGGUGCUGCUGCUGGAGGCGGGUGGGUUGCCGCCUCCCGAGAGCGGCGUGCCUGGCCUCAACGUGAUCCUGCUGCAGGGCGACAACGACUGGCACUAUUUCACCACCUCGCAGCGACACGCCCUCAAGAACUACGUCAAGGAUUCGUGUCACAUGCCGGUGGGUCGCGUGCUGGGGGGCUCGUCUACCAUGAACUGGAUGAUGUACGUGAGAGGGAACAGGCGGGAUUUUGACAACUGGGCGGCCAUGGGCAACCCCGGGUGGACCUACAGAGACGUGCUGCCAUACUUCAAGAAGGCUGAGAACUACAUAGGCACCAGAAACAACGACACAGCCAGCUUUCACGGGCGCGGCGGACCCCUCACGGUGACGGACAAGCGGUGGUGGCCCCCCCUCACAAGUGCCAUCUUGGGGGCGGGGAAGGAACUGGGCUACGACGUAAUAGACCCCAAUGGACCGGAACAGAUAGGAUUCUCAGUACCAGACAUGACCAUCAGGGAAGGCCGCAGAGGAUCGACAGCCGCGUCCUACGUCCUGCCCGCGGCCACCAAGAAGACCAACCUGCACGUCCUGAUCAACGCUGUGGUCACGCAGGUGUUAUUUGACGAGAAGAAGAGAGCCGUAGGGGUUAAAUUCCUUCACGACGGGCAGGAGAAGCGGGUGGCGGCGCGGCGGGAGGUCAUACUCUCGGCCGGGGCGCUCAACUCUCCCCGCCUCCUCAUGCUGUCCGGAGUGGGGCCCGCCGAGCACCUCCGAAGCCAUCAGGUCCCCGUGUUGGUAGACUUGCCGGGAGUCGGACUCAAUCUCCAGGACCAUCCCUCUGUGUUUGGCCUCACGUGGACGGUGGACGAGGGCACCAGCACCAAACUCCUCCGCAGCGCCUCCCUUCAGUCCAUCAAGCAGUACCUGAACGACAGGACAGGCCCUCUAAGCGCUCCCUUCGGUGUGGAGGUGAACGCAUGGACGCCGGCCGCCGCGGGUGACCCAGGCUGGCCCGACCUUCAGUACCUCUUCAUGUCCAUCACGCCCGCGGUGGACUACGGGAUCCUCUUCACGGAUGGGAUCGGCUUCAGGAGGGACGUGUUCCAUCGGUACUACGGGCGGCUGGUGGGCAAGGAGGGUUUCAACAUUGGCCCCAUGCUGACCCGUCCCAAGAGCCGCGGCACCGUCACCCUCGCCUCCCGGGACCCGCUAGCCGCGCCGCUCAUUGACCCACAGUUCCUCAGCCACCCCGAGGACGUGGCCACCUUCGUCAGGGGCAUCAAGUUCGCUAUGGCAGUUGGCAACACCUCGGCGCUAAAAAACGGAGUCGGGGCGAAAUUCCAUGAUCAGGUCCUGCCGGGCUGCGAGGGCGAGGUGUACGCGUCGGACAACUACUGGGCGUGCUUCGCGAGACACAUGGCCCAGACCACCUACCACCCCGUCGGCACCUGCAAGAUGGGCCCGCGGCGAGACCCCUACAGCGUGGUGGACCACACGCUCAAGGUGCGCGGCGUGGUGGGUCUGCGCGUGGUGGACGGCUCCAUCAUGCCGCUGGUCACCACGGGGAACGUCAACGCGCCCAUCAUCAUGAUCGGCGAGAAGGCCGCGGACCUCAUCAAGGGGGACUGGGGCGCGCCGGUGCCGGCGGCCAACACGGUGUGACGCGGCCUGAGGGGCUGGCUGGGCGGAGCCGUGACCUGCCACCUCUCUGUCUUCUGUCUUAGUGCUGCUUGAUUCCGGCUGCUGGCGUUAAUACGAGUAUUGUUUAGUGUUCAAGCAGUCAUCUCUCUCUCUCUCUCUCUCUCUCUCUCUCUCUCUCUCUCACACACACACACAGCUGACCUCCUGACCACUUUGUUGGUGACCUUUGCCACUCAACAGAGAGAGAGAGAGAGAGAGAGAGAGAGAGAGAGAGAGAGAGAGAGAGAGAGAGAGAGAGAGAGAGAAUGUUAUAUAUUUAAAAAAAACGGUAUAACUUACUUAUUUGUAUAGAUAUUAGUGUAUAUAAUUAAGACUGUACAUUUAUAAGUAGUUAAUAUACUUGGUAGUUAAGUGCAAUAGUAGAUUUUGUAAGGCAGUUUGAGGACUAUUGUAGUAGUAGCAAUAGUAGUAGUGGUAGUAGUAGCAGUAGUAGUAGUAAUAGUUGUUGUUGUUGUUGUUGUUGUUGUUGUUAUUGUUGUUGUAGCAGUGAAUGAACGUAUUGUAUCAAACAUCUUGUAAUUACGUGUAUACAUUUGUAAGAUAUCUUUGUACAUUUACGGACGUGUUUCUUUCUUUUAUGUUUUCACGUUUACUUUCUCCUGUUUUUGUAGUUUAAUUGUGUUUGAAAUGUUAACAGUUGGGUGGUCAAGAGGUCGUGUGUGUGUGUGUGUGUGUGUGUGGCCAAGAAUUAAGAUCUAAAGAAAGUGGGAAACAAUAGUGUGUGUGUGUGUGUGUGUGUGUGUGUGUGUGUGUGGUCGAGGAUUCGAAUCUAAAGAAGCUUGAAACAAAUGUGUGUGUGUGUGUGUGUGUGUGUGUGUGUGUGUGUGUGUGUACUUUAUACGAUAAGGUCAACAUGUUUGUAAGAAGAAAAAAAAUCUGAUACCGUGUUUUUCCAUAAAUUGAGAAAGCCUUGAAUGUUUUUUUUAUAUAUAUAAUAUUUGAGUGUGUUUGUGUGUUUGUGUGUUCUAUUUGCACCUACUCCUUGCAAUACUAUGAGGAUCUAGAAAGUCACCAAGGUCAAGGAAAGAGAGAGAGAGAGAGAGAGAGAGAGAGAGAGAGAGAGAGAGAGAGAGAGAGAGAGAGAGAGAGAGAGAGAGAGAGAGAGAGAGA